GUGACAUGUCAGUAAACAAACAUGGCGACCAGCAGCGACUACUGGGAAGAUUUGCGUAAACAGGCCAGACGGCUGGAGAAUGAGCUGGACCUCAAGCUGGUCUCCUUCAGUAAACUCUGCACCAGCUACAGCAGCAACAGCAACAAGACGAGAAACAGCCGAUCUGAUUCUGGCUCAACUCAAGACAAGAUGCUUGUGGCCAUGACUACUGAGCUGGAGCAGCUCCUGGCCAAUCUUACAGGGGUCAAUGACAAAAUGGCAGAAUACACAAACUCUCCUGGAGUUUCGUUACACAACGCAGCUUUGAUGCACACCCUACAGAGACACAGAGACAUUUUACAGGACUACAAUCAGGAAUUCCAUAAAACCAAAAGCAACUUCUUCAGCCUGCGGGAGCGAGAGGACCUGCUGGGCUCGGUUCACAGAGACAUCGAGUCCUACAAAAGCAGCUCAGGAGUGAAUAACAGAAAGACCGAGCUCUUCCUCAAGGAACAUGAACAUCUCAGAAACUCCGAUCGGCUUAUUGACAAUGCAAUAAGUAUCGCCAUGUCGACCAAAGAGAACAUCACUUUUCAGCGAGGGAUGCUGAAGUCCAUUCAAACCAGGGUUACAACUUUGGCUAAUCGUUUCCCUGCCAUCAACGGUCUCAUCCAGAAAAUCAAUUUGCGCAAGAGGCGUGACUCUCUAAUCCUGGGCGGGGUGAUCGGCGUCUGCACCAUACUCCUGUUGCUCUACACUUUCCACUGACUCACUCGUCACUUGGCCGCCUUUUACUUUCAUUUUCAAAUAUUCCUUGCAGUCCAACUGUUUUUAUGUAUCUUCGUAUAUAUGUCUCCUUCUAUUGUAAUUUGCUUUCCUUAAACCAGCAAUUAAGAAAGACAUUUUAAGGUUCAUCACAUUAAGUCUUAAUUGAACGAGAGGAUUUGUUGAGUUUUAUUUAUUUUCUGCAAUAUGAUUACGUUUUCAUCUUGAAAUUCAUAUAUUGCUGCUUGUACCCUGUUGUAAUUUUUAAAUCUUUAUAAAUGUAUGAAAUAAGAUUUUACUGGCGUGGUGUACCCUUCAUGCCGCACUUUUGUUAUAUACGCUAUCGACGGUGCCUGACCAAAAUAAAGACGACGAUCUCA